ACCGGCAAAAUGUGAAUUAGUACGCAGAAAAUUCCCCUUCGGUGUUUUAUAUGGAUUCCGCAUGAGAUGUUUUUGGUUUUAUAAGCUUCUUCAUACCUGCCAGGAUGGAUCUUGGUAAGGCUAAGCUGAUCAGGACUGGUCUCAACACUCUGCACCAAGCCAUCCACCCUGUGCACGGGAUUGCCUGGACGGACGGCAAGCAGGUCUGCCUGACGUCGCUCUACUUCAUCAAUGGGGAGGUGAAGUUUGGGGACACUAAUGUUAUCGGGCAGUUUGAGCAUGUCUUCGGGCUCUUCUGGGGUCCGCUGUGCUGCUCAGACUCUCCCGCUUUGCUGGCCGUUCAGCACAAGAAACAUGUUACCGUGUGGCAACUGCAGCUCAGUGCUCUGGAGCAGAACAAGCUGCUGUGCACUCAGACCUGUGAGAUGAGCGAGCCUUUCCCUUUGCUGUCUCAAGGCUGCGUCUGGCAUCCGAAACUGGACAUUCUAGCUGUGCUGACGAAGAGGGACACGUCUGUGCUGUUUUCCGUGCGGGUGGACAACAGGAGAAUCAAAGCAGACAUCAAAGGUAGCGGACUUAUUCAUUGUGCUUGCUGGACUAAAGAUGGCACUCGCCUGGUGGUGGCUAUCGGCAGCGCUCUUCACUCGUACAUCUGGAGUGACAUCCAGAAGAGCCUGGUGGCCUGCUCCUUCUGCCCCAUCUUUGACGUGGGGGGCUACAUCUGUGCCAUCGAGGCAACGGGGGAGGCUCAGGUGGCCGUGGCUACAGAGCUGCCUCUGGAUAAAUUAUGUGGGUUAAAUGCAGGCAUAGCCUUUGACAUGCCAGCAGAGCAGGAGUCCCUGCACGGCCACGGCUCGCAUGUGGUCAUGUCAGAUGACGACAGCGUUCUGGACUCGAGGAGGAGAUCAUUUGAAUCGGAGAGGUCUUUCAUCCCCAGCUCAGGUCCUCUGGAUCUCACCCACCUCCUGGCGAGGCACCGUCGCUCCGACCCCAGCCCCCUCAUCCACCUGCGUCGCCGAGACACCGUGACCGGCUCUGGCCAGGACUCCUCGCACCUCAUUCUGGUUACCUACGACCGAAAGGUCACUACCACCCGCAAAGUCAGCAUCCCAGGGAUUUUGGUCCCCGACAUUGUUGCGUUUGAUCCACGUGGCUCCACAGUUGCGGUGGCCUCCAACACCUGCAACAUGGUUCUCGUGUACUGCAUCACGGCGUCUGCGAUGCCGAACAUCCAGCAGAUCUCUCUGCAGGCAAACGAGAGGCCCAAAGGAGUGUGCUUCCUCAGUGACAAGAUGCUGCUGCUGAUGGUGGGCAGGCAGAAGUCCAACGACCCGGCCUUCCUCCCGUCUUCCAACACCGAUAAAUACAUUCUUCGCCUCAUUGCCAAAGAGCUGAUGUAUGACGGAGAGAGUUCUAUCACACCAUCCCCCUCUGCUCACCAUGUGUCCACUUCUAAUUUCUGCGCAGGGAUUAGGAGACACUCAGAGCACCUGUCAAAGGAUGACAGGGAACGCACAGGGAUAAAGGACUUGGUGUUGCCUGGAAGGGGCAUAGUUUGUUCACCAGGGAACAGGCGCAGGCUGGUGGAGGAGGUGAGGAGCACCGAGCCCAGCCCCGUCACCAGCUCCGUGGACUUCUCUGACCGAGCAUCAGACAGAGCCCCGUCCAGUGCCUCUUCCAUCACGGUGGAGAACUUCGACAUGGACCACGUCAGCCGAAUGUCCAGCCUGGCGGUGGCCGGCCAGGUCAGCAGAGACUCCAGCCGGUGCAGCUCUCCUCGCUUCGAGCCGUCCGAUAAACUCCACUCGGAGCCGACGCUGCCGAUGCCGGAGAAGACGUCCAACGUGGCCAAAGAGCGCGCGCUGGAGCAGCUGGUUCAUAACAUGGAGAGACUUUUUACUCGCUUUACAGAAGUGCAGCAGUGCCUGACGGAAAUCAGAGAUUAUACCCAGAAUGGCAAGAAGGCCCUGACUGUCUACCCCAAUGCCACUGAAGCCCCUUAUGUCAAUGUCACAUACCAGAAGCAGUUAUCGGAAAACGUGUUCAUCGACGAGCGGAGGCCGGUGCUGCUUUGUGACGGCAAGCUGUGUCUGCGCGCCCUCCAAGACCUCUUCAGCCUCACCAUUGUGGAGAUGAUGUAUGGACCAUUGUGGAUUGUACUCGUGGCAGAUGCAGACGGCUUUGUGCCCUUGACGUUUAAGCCCAAAGACGAGCUCACGGUGCGGAACGGGAAGCGGAAAUCGACCCUUCGGACUCCUGGGAGUCCAGAGAACUCUUGUCCAGCCAGUCCAGCCCCCAGCCAAAACCCCAACACAACCACAGAGGCCUCGGUGUAGUAGUAGCUCCUCAUGCAGUACGGACUCCUCAAUAUACCAAAAUGUAUCCGAGUGGUUCACAGUGCAAACACAGCCAGUGUGGCAUGAACAUGCAGUUGGAGCCCGACCGAUUCUGGAUUUUUGGGGCUGAUAUUGAUGACAAAUUUUAGGGAAUAAAAACUCCAAUGUCAGUGUAUCAGCUGAUACUCCUUAUAGAUAUUUACAUACCUCAUGUUAGAGUGAUAUUGAAAAGAAAAACUGAUGGGGUAGGUGUUUAAUAAGCAAUGGAUUUCACACAUGAAUUAGAAGACACCACAAUGAAGACACCACUUGACUCCGCACCACCAUGUCCUGGGAUGUAGUACCUACUCUGCUCCAGGUGCUGCAGACAGUGCUGAGAGUAUUAAUAACAGUAUUCUGCUGGACAAACUAUGCAACGAGGCAUUUUCUAAGUUACCCCAAGAAUCUUUUCUUGCAUCAUGUUCUGUUAAAAAGAUUCAGAUUUCACAUAAAACAACAUGUAUGUCAACUCCAUUAUGCAAUGUCAGCUGAUAUCGGUCGGCCUCGAAAUUCUGUGACGCACAGAAAACUUGUAGUUAUCAAAUUUAUUUUUGUAUUGAACCUCAGUAUAGAUGUGAAAAGGGCUGCUUAUGUAAUGUUUACAUGUUUGCUGCUUUUGAAUGGAAGCUUAACUAAAAGAAAUUGAAUCAAUGAGCCACAUUUUCUUUUCUUUUUUUUUCUCAUUUUGACAAAAUGCAGUGCAGCUUUGAGUGUUUUAGGGAUGUUUGAGACGUGUUUUCCUCGUGUCCUGGCACAGGAGCAAAUAGAGGCCAAUGUGUGAAGUAAAGCACGGCAGAAACUUGUGGAAAUAAGAUGUGUGAAGUUCAGAUUUUGCUCCUAAAAUGUCUGGUUCAGCAUUUAAAUGCACCUCAAAUGUCUUAAAUUCUAACUGACCUUGCUGUGCAGUGUAAAGGACGGCCAAUCUGUUCAUGACAACACAACUGAAGCACUUUUACCUCCACGUUUGUCACAUUGCAAAACUCAGUUCUACAACUGCCCACAAGAGGGAGCAACGCACAACAGAAUCUCUGAGUCUGUUGUCAGGAUUGUUUGUGAAGGCCAAAACAAACUAUUUAUGUUCUGAAUAUUAAAUUUGCAUAACCAGCA